CACAUCACUAAGCUCGACUGCUCAACAACAACAACAAGCAAGCAAGGGAAGCAAAUUUUUGUCGAAAACCGACCAGACCGAACAGACAUAUUUUUUUGUGUGGCAAUUCAGACGCGCCAACACAACGCUUGCAAAUAUCGCGCGCCAACUAGCAAAAACUAAAACGGAUAAUACAUAAGAACUAUUUGCAAGAACUAAGCGCAAUUGUGGUAAACUAAACAAACACACAGAUAUGGAUGAGUCACGCGAAGAAAGUCAAUUUAUUGUGGAUGAUGUGAGCAAAACAAUUAAGGAGGCAAUCGAGACAACUAUCGGUGGCAAUGCGUACCAGCACGACAAGGUAAACAAUUGGACCGGCCAGGUAGUGGAGAACUGUUUGACAGUUCUCACGAAGGAACAGAAGCCAUACAAAUAUAUUGUGACUGCGAUGAUUAUGCAAAAGAAUGGCGCUGGCUUGCACACUGCGAGCUCCUGCUAUUGGAACAACGACACCGACGGCAGCUGCACAGUUCGCUGGGAAAAUAAAACCAUGUACUGCAUUGUCUCCGUUUUCGGCUUGGCUGUUUAAAUUGGACAAUGUCGUAUGAUGAUGUUAAGAAGACGAACGAUAAAAACAAAUCACUAAACUAACAACUUAUAAAAAACAAAAUGGGGGAGGGAUUAACAAGAUUGCCUUGCAUUUGUUUUGCGUCUCACAUACAGACCCAAUACGGGUAACAAUAUUCCAAGGUAUCUAAUGAAAUUGUUAUGACGAGCAAAGCAGUGUCGAAUUCUGGAUAUAUUUGAAAACAAAAGAAGGAAUCAAUCACCCUGCAAAAUUUCCAACUAUUUAGCAAAAUGAAAUGUUCAUGUAUUAUUUUUCCUGAGUUCUUAUUAACAAACGAAGCAAACAAAGCGAGUGCUGCACGCCAAGUGUUGAAAUGUUACUCACGAUAUUUAAUUAAAAUCUAAAUAAAAAUACACAUACAAUGAA